CUGAAAAUAUCUUUCUCAGAAAUAUUCACUCAGACAAGAAAUUCCUUGGAACUCCUCCAAAGGAAGUCCUCUAUUUAGAUGUAGGCAUCACAAAAAAAAAAAGAUUGUGGUAAUACGUCAACCUUUGACAUAAAAUCUCAAGAAUCGUUUUUGCCGAAGUGCAACAGAUGUGAGUAUUGAAGGCGAAAAAAUGCUGUGUUUUAUGCAAGCUUACAAAUUAUCCACCGUUGUAAACAUAAUGUCAUUAGGGAAAAUGCUUUUUAGUCGUCACUUCAAUAACGUGCCGGUAGAUGGUUUUUUAAUGAGCUGAAGUUAUACAGAAUUCUUACACAUGGAUGGGUGUAUCACAUUCUCUGCAAUGAAAUGACAAAUACUGUUCAGAGAAGGUUCUACUUGGGCUCAUCGUGUUCGAGAGAGCCUAUACAAAACAAGGCUAUGUACAAGGGCUUUUGUCAAAGUAUACAACGGCGAAACGAACAACAAUGAUAAUUCAUUAAGUAAACAGUGGCAAAAUGUUAUUUGACUUCAGGUAUUAUCAGUAGAAUGUAAAUAUUGCUGUAAAAUGUGUUCAUAAGCCCUCACAUUCUUAUCCACAGCGCUGCCUCUACAUCCAGGUGAUCAUGGAAAAUGUAUCAGCAGUGACAUCCUUCAUAUUGACAGCAUACACUGAACUGGAAGAUCAUAAAUAUUUAUACUUCACAUGUUUUCUCCUGGUUUACAUUCUUAUAUUAUUGGCCAAUUCAGUUCUGAUCAUGGUCAUUUUCAUUGACAGAACUCUACAUGAACCCAUGUAUUUGUUUGUUUGUAAUUUAGCCAUGAAUGAACUUUAUGGCAGCACAUCUUUAUUGCCAUCAAUUCUUGGUCAUUUAUUAUCUCGUAAUUAUGAAAUAUCACUUACAUUUUGUCUAUUGCAGAUCUUUUGCAUUCACCUAUAUGGUUCAGUUGAAUUUACCAUUUUAGCAUUGAUGAGCUAUGACCGGUAUGUUGCCAUUUGUCGUCCACUACACUAUCACCUCCUCAUGUCUCCUAGAAAAGUAGGUAUACUCAUUUCAAUGUGCUGGAUUUAUCCUUGUAUUGUUUUUGGACUGUAUUUCAUGCUCACUGUACAGCUUACAUUUUGUGGCAGGAUCAUAGAAAAGGUGUAUUGUAUUAACUUUGCAUUAAUCAAACUGUCUUGCUUUCAAACUUCAAUUCAGAGCAUAGUUGGUUUUUUUGUAACCAUUUUGAUGAUUAUUCCAUUGCUUCUGGUGAUACUAUUUUCCUAUGCACAAAUACUGAGAAUCUGCAUAUUUUCUUCGAAGGACUCUCAGACCAAAGCUCUUCAGACAUGCAGCCCUCACAUCCUGGCUGUGAUUAGCUAUGCAGUGGCAGGGUUUUUUGAGGUUGCUCAAAGUAGGCUUCGCAUGAGUCACAUUCCUCAUAAAGCUCGCAUAUUCUUUUCCAUUUAUGCUUUGAUAGUUACCCCAAUAUUUAAUCCUGUAGUUUAUGGAAUUUGCCUUCACAACAUAAGAGGUCAGAUUUACAAACUGUUUAGUGGUAAAAGAAUACACUAAUGUCCAGGAAAGGUGAUAGUUUUUUGUCUCUGUAAUUUAUAUUUUCUUUUAAAUC